ACAGCAGACAAAAGCCUCUGAGCCUGGGACUAACCACGGCCGCUGUCCUCAACAGGAGCCCCAGCAAGGAGACCAGAAGAGAUGAUGCUGGAUCUUCCGGGACCUUUUCCUCUUCUCCUGUUGCUGCUGGGAUCAUGGGGGCCAGGGCAUCCACUUGGUGCUUGGGCUCAACCCCCAACCAGGGCUCAAUGGUUUGCAAUUCAGCAUAUAAGUACGGGUCCUGUCCAAUGCAACAUGGCAAUGCGUCGUGUCAAUAAUUAUAAUCAGCGCUGCAAGCCUCAAAACACCUUUCUGCAUGACACCUUCCAGAACGUGGCUGCUACCUGUCUUUUGCCCAAUAGGACCUGCAGGAAUGGCCAGAAUAACUGCCACCAGAGUGCAAAUAUUAUUGGCAUGACUUACUGCAGUCACACUGGAGGGACAUAUCCCAACUGCCGCUACAGUACUACUCCCCAGAACCAGUUCUACACUGUUGCCUGUAACCCCCCUCAGCCGGGUGACCCUCCCUAUCAUCUAGUUCCUGUGCACUUAGAUUAAGACUGAGAUUUCCAGGGGCACUUGGGCAGCUCAGUCCUUAAGCGUCUGCCUCCGGCUCAGGUCAUGGUCCCAUAAAUAAAUAAACAUCUUAAGAAAAAAAUGCCAGGGUUUCCAAGGUUCCCAUUACUUCCUCUUUCACUUGAUACUUGUUCUUUUAUGGUCUCUUCUGCUUUUCUUUUCCUUUGUUGAUUUCCAUUGUUGCCAUAGAAGAAAGAAGAAGGGGACUGGGAGAAUUAGAGGGCCAAGAUGCAAGACCAGAAUUGGGACAAAAAUAAACAGGAUUCUUUUCUGCUUUGGAGCUCUGUGUGUUUUGAAGGAAGGGAAUAGGAAAGAGGGCAAAGAAAGACCCAGGCCUCCCAAUUUUUAAUCUUGGAACUUCUGCCAAGCUUUGUUGCAUUGUGUUCUCAGCAAUAAAAUCACUUUCUGUUGCAUUGUAAUGAC